AUGCCAACCUCGCUCCAGCCCCUCCGCCGGCGCAACAGCGCCGCCGACGCCUUCAACACCAAUCUUAUACCCCCACCGCGUCUGAACGACAUCCCCAAGGAGGCACGGUUCAAGAUCGGGAACCACGAGACGUCCGGGCCACUCGUCAGCACGACGCAGGUGAAGGCGUACCUCCGCCUCCUGCGCGCGUUCCACCAGCUCAAGGUCUCCGUCGAAGAUGAUGAGAACAAGAAGCUGCCGCGGUUUGCGAUGGAGAUGGAUAAGAUUAGUAGGUGGACGUGGUUCGUGACGCUUGCGGUGGACAGGUUCGAAAAGUGGCUGACGAUCGUCAAGUUCGCGCCGCUCGAUAAGUUCCUUAACAAGCAUUUUCCACCGUUGGACGUGUGGAUGGUGUGGCAUGCGUACCUCUUGAACCCUAUCUGGUACGCCGAAGACUGCGAACGCGUCUCCCUCCUCCGCCAAGUAAAACUCCUCAACAUGUUCGUCGUUGGCUCCAUCAACUACGGCGGCGUCCCCGACUUCCGCGUGCGCGAAUCCCGCAUCAGCGCAUGGCAGAAGCAAACGGGCAUCCCGUUCGACCCGUUCGAGUCCAUGGCCGCGCUGCAGCACCGCAAGCUGCACUGUCCCAAGUGCGGCACGCGUGUCUACGUCCCGUUCAUCAACGACAACGGCACGGGCUACGCACAACGCAAGUUCAGCGCGCUCUGUCCGGUGCAGACCUGCAGGAUGAAGAUCACGCGCGACAGUCUCGCUGUCGCCAAGUUCGUGAGCGACCUCACGCAGCCUGGGCGGACGUAUAUGGCCGGGACCCUGUACACGCCGUACGGCAAACCCAACUACGAGCGGGCAACAGCGAUCAAGAACGCGAUCGGCGACUCGCCAGGCUUCAAGCGCGCGCAGUCGCGCUUUUCGAAUUACCUGAUAUCGAGGAUCGAGUGGGAGCGCGAGAUCAAGGACGCCGUGGGGUAUUCGAGGGCGGCGAUUGCCGUGUUUCUGAGCGGGACGUUGAGGGAGUAUGGGAUGCCGCUAAUCAACAGGAUCGUGGACGCGUAUGCGGAUGAUAAGCCGUUUUCGAUUGAGCUUGUGGAAGCCACGCUCCGCCAGAACCUGUUCGUCAGCAAGUUGGAGGAGAUAUCGUGGCUCAAGGGCAACACGUUUCGCGGGCCGGAGAGGGAGCGUAUUCUGAGUCAGACGGUUGUCAGGUAUCAUUCGUUCUUGGAUCUCACCGCCGCGCACCCGAGCGCCGACUUUGUCCCUACGAUGGACAUCGACGUCGCAUGGCAUUGUCACCAACUCAUGGCGAACCGGUAUCACGUAGACUGCGAGCUGUACAUUGGACGAAUCGUCGACCACGAACUCAGAACCCCCGAACCCCGCCUGACCGCCUCCCUCUCGCACACCUGCAGCUCAUGGGCCUCCCGCUUCCGCUCGCCGUACAUGCAGUGCGGCUGCCCCCCGCCGCAUCUCCCGCCCCCGCAAUCAGUCCUGCACCGCCUCGGGCGGCUGUUUUCGCUGCUCACGCAUGUGGGCGGCGGCGGCGGGCACCACGGGCACCAGGUCGCGCUGCACCCGGCGCACGCGCCCGCGACGCAUCCGAGUGUGCAUGGGGUUGUGUUGGAUAAGGGGAGAGAUAAGGCGGGGGGUGUGGGUGGGGUGGUGGAGGUUGUGCAUGGGCCUGCGGUGCGGCGGGAGAGGUAUAGGGACGAGGACGGGGGUGUUGUUGAGACGGCUGGGAGAGGGGAAGCGGAGAGGCCGGGGACGGCGCCGGAGCAGGGCCUGGGGAGGCCGGGGAUGGGGAUGGGGAUGGGGAUGGGGCUCCCGAUACGGAGGCACGAGUCGACGCCGUUGUCGGGGAUGAUGACGAUGUCGAUACCGUGGCUUCACCGUGGCCGGGAUUACCAAGCAGGCCGGGUUGAUGGCGAUGGGAGGCGGGUCGAUUCGCGUUAUAGCCCUGACCGGGAAGACGAACCAGAUCACGACCAGGAGCACGACCGCAAUGUCAAUCCGGAUCCUGGCCAAGUCAUCGCGGUCGCGGAGCCUUACUCCCCCGACUCCGAGAACCAGUGGUCGCCCAAUCCCGACGUCAAGUACCCCGACCAAGGGUACGGCUGGAACACAUGGCCUCUCCCUCCCCCGGAAGACGACACCGCGCGUCCGCCGUCGCCGACUCCCGUACAGCUGAAGCAGAUGAUGCAAUCAACACACGGGCGUGGACACGCGCAGAACUCGUCGUUUUCAGAUAUCGACAACAAGCACCCCGACCAGAGCUAUGGAUACGGGUGGAACACGUGGGCUGGCUCCCCAGACGGAGCCGCACGACCGUCCUCGCCAACACCAGCGCAGAUGAAGCGGAUGAUGGAGAUGGCGCAGGUGCAGGCGCAAGGCCCGCCAGACGCGUACGUUCCGGAUAGUAAGCGCCCUGAUGGGGGGUAUGGCUGGAACAUGUGGACUGGUGAUCGCGACGGCGAUGACACUCCGCCCCCGCCGCCAUCGCCGUCGCCGUCGCCUCCACCUCUGCCGCCGAAGGAGAUGGUGCAGACGGCGCAGAUGACACCGGUGACGCGGACGAUGCCGACGCAUCCUCUGGGACCGAGAAGUAGUGCCGUUUUACGCGAUCGCCCGUCGAUACCGGUGUCGUGGACGCAGUAUCAGCAGCAGCAGCAGAUACGGGAUCAGGUUCAGGAUUGGGACUCGGGGUUCGCUGGUGGUGCUGAUGAGCGGUUUUCUCAUCAUGUCUAAUGUUUCAACUCUCUUAGCAGUUACAGUAUAUCUUUGAAUUUGACUUUAUAUUUCGA